UACGGCGACGUCGCCUCUAUGCGCUGUUUGCUCGUGCGCCUACCGUUACUCUUCGAUGUUUUAGCCAUGUAAAGCAAAGAUCGCUAAUGAUUCUUACAGUGUCAUUGCUCCACUUGAAAAAGAACUAAAUCGGUCGCUGAUACGGGGCUUUGGUUCAAAAACAUCAAAAUGCAGACGUUUUACGUGAUUUGCGCUGCCAUUGUGGCCUAUGCUUCGGCAGCGACUAUUAUGGACUCAAACGUGUUCAUGGACACGGUCCUUACGCAGAAGAUGCCCUCUCUCGUUAGAGGAAACACCAAGCUGUACCCCUUCUCGUCCAUUCCCGAUUUUCAUUUCAAGAUAAAGUCCACGGGUCUGUUCAACCGGGACCUGAAGGUAAACGCAACCGAGGGUGCCAUUCGACACUUGGACACCGCCCCACACCGCAAGGGCAGCUGCCAGCCACCGGUCCUGGUCGGUGGCAAAACCACAGUCGCCUGCGAACUGGACCUGAGUGGCAUCAACACUACUUUCUUGGCUAAGACAAAGGGUGACAACCUCGCGGGAACGAUAAAGAGCAUCUGGGUGAACGUGAAUGCCACCAAAGUGCUGACCGACUUCGAGGCGGCCGCGCUGCCAGGCAAGGACGCCAGUGUUCAGACGUUCCGUAUCAAGGAGCUCGAGCUGAAGACCAAGUACGACAAGUCACUCAGUCUUGGAGACGACCGCAAGAAGGACUUCAGGAAAGAAUUUGAGAAGAAGGUGCAGACCUCCUUGUACGAAGUCAUCUACAACGAGUACAAACAGGUGCUUCAGAGGGCCGUCGCAGACACCUACUUCCCCCGCGCGUAAAAUUAAAAAAAAAAAUGAAAAAGAAAUGUGAGUGCCCAUGGAAUAAUAGGGACACAAAGACCAAAAAUUAUCAAUACACUGAAUUUUUUGUACAUAAAGGUCCUCUCAUGAA